CAUUCGUUUUUGAUUCGUCAGUGUUAUUAUCAAUGCGCACUUGCUCGUUUAUCGCUAAUCAACAAAACAAACUAUAAACAAGCGUUUUUUUCAAUCUCGGCUGAAGUUGUUUCGCGGAGACUCGUGUAAUUGAGCCGAGGCGUGUGACGGGUGUCGUGCACAAUUUAGCAGUUUGCGACUUCACGUCGAAGCGAGGAGCGGAGGCCGCGGAGCUUCUUCCGGUCGUGUAAUAAUCAACAUGAUAUCUCCAACAGAAGUGGUGAAGCGCGUGGGCGUGGGCGGGCGGCUGGUGGCGUUCUUCAAGGCGGUGUGCGUGUACUUCGCGCUGGCGCCGGCCGCGCCGCCGUCCGCCGCGGCCGUGGCCGCCAAGGUGGCGCCGGUGCUGUGCCUGCUGCUGCUGGUGCUGCUGCCGCGCGCGCACCCCCGCGCCCCGACGCCCGCGCAGGCGCGGUACGCGCGGCUGGUGGGCGCGGGGCUGGCGCUGUCGGCGCUGGGCGACGCGCUGCUGGUGUGGCCGCAGCACUUCGUGCCGGGCAUGGCGGCGUUCGCGGCCGCGCACCUCGCCUACAUCUCCGCCUUCGGCUGGGGCGCCAGCUGGCCGCUGGCCGGCGCCGCGUGCUACGCCGUCACCGGCUACUUCCUGACGCUGCUGGCGCCGCCGGCGGGGCUGCGCCUGCUGGUGCCGCUGUACGGCGCGCUGCUGGCCACCAUGGCGUGGCGCGCGCUGGCGCAGGCCCGCGCCCGCCCGCGCCGCGCCCGCGCCGCCGCCGCUGCGGGCGCGCUGCUGUUCCUGCUGUCGGACGCGCUGCUGGGCUACAGCCUGUUCGGCGGCGCCGUGCCCUACCGCCGGGUGGCGGUCAUGUCCACCUACUACGUGGGCCAGCUGGGCAUCGCGCUGAGCGCGCUGGACCCGCCCGCGCUGCUGGCGGCGCCGUCUUCCUGAGCGGCUCGGCGGGUGGCCGCGACGCGACUGCCGGCGCCAAGACUGAAUUUCUAGGGCGCGUUUAGCCUUCCGCCGCGGCGCCGCCCGUCCGGGACGGGCCUCGCCGCACUCCAUUUUAUGAAUCUUUUGUAGGACUAUUUACUGCCGCGGGCGGACCGGCGCCGAAGGGCGCCGCCCUGCACAAAUGGCGUUCCCCUUCCACUCGGCGAGAGUAGCCGUUACUUUUUGGAAUUGGAUAUAAAAUAUUAUUCUUGUGCAAAAUCGUGUUUUGUAAACGUUAAAUACUAUUGUAUUUUAUUGUAUCGCUCCCGUAGAAUAUUUUUGAUAUUGUACGUGUAAAAUGUGAAUACAGAAUGGUAUCGGACGCCGUGUUUCAUUGGUCGCGUGUCUCGCGUCUCUCGCGCCUCGCGACUCGGGGAUGAGGGACGGGGCGGGGGUCGGGCACUCGAAACACGUGGUAGUAACAAAAUAUUUAUUAAACUGUACGUACUUACAUAAACUUAA